AUGGAUAAAAACCUAAAAGAUGCUGGCAAUACUAAUUCAUUAACAUGUAUAUACGUAUUCUUCAUAUCCACGGCUUUUCAAUUCAUUGACAAGUACAUGGCACUCAAGAAAAGGAAAGCAUCCAUGAGUGAUAAGGUUAUGCAGCUCCGUUGCGAGAUUAAAAGACUUUCGAAAGAGGCAGCUGCCUUUUCACAGCCUUCAACAUUUGUACAAGCAGCAAAACUCAGGAGAAAAGCGGCAGCUAAGGAGAAAGAACUUGCUAAAAGUCAAGAGUCACUAACCAAAGAGAUGAAAACGUCGUUUGGGUUAUAUGAGAGAAUUCUCAUGAUUUCAAAGAUUGUGGUUUACACUGCACUUACCAUGUGGCUUUGGAGUGUUCCCGUGGCUACUUUAUCCAAUGAACUCGUGCAGCCUUUUGGCUCACGGCUUUGUUUUUGGUUGCUCGGGCAAACUUCCAAGAAUGGUCACCCAUUUGGCAUUGCUGCCGCCCGAGCACGCUUAACUGUGGAGUAUUCCUCUCAUCCACAGUCAAUACGCCCAAAACGCAUUGUUAUGUAA